UGAUGGUGUCCCACUGCUUACUUGUUAACAAAUGGCUCAGUUUUUCUGCCUUGGAUCCAAAAUGCGACCUUCAUACUCGACUUCACGGAUGGUCAACCGAGCGCCAUUAUUUCGCACCGAGCCAUGUAUGACGACCACUCCUUGAAUGAUUCACGGCCUGCAUGGGCUGGCCUCAAUGAUCAGAGCCCAGGAACCCAUACAUUACCGUGGACCAGUGCAUUUACAACAAACACGAAUCACCAGGGUGUGAGUGAGUCUACAUCUCCCGUGAGCGCAUCUGGCAACACAGAUAGGGACGAUGAACGGGUCGUCAACGACAGCAUCAGUCAUCAGGACUCUCGACCAGUGGACUUCAUCAAGCUUGUAAGCUUAUGGGCAGCCACUAACCGGCGGAACGCGGCGGCCGAGGACUUCCGCGCCGAAGGGUUCACGUCAAUGCGAGCAUCCAAAACGCUGGGCCGCGGUCUGUCCUUUAGCGUUCAGCUUGUUCGCACCGACGAAGGGACGAGGCGGCGCUCCGGCCUCAGGUCAUGCUUUGUCGUCUAUAAGAAGCUCAGAGGGCUGACAGACGCGUUGGACCCCGUCGAGCGAGGCGCAUUGCUUCGUGCGGUGCUUCUCGAAGUGCGUGUCCUGACACACCCGCCCCUCAAAGCUCACAGCAACAUCGUCAACCUCAUUUGCCUCGCUUGGGAGCCUGAUCCUGAUCACCAGGACCAAGCGUGGCCUACUCUUGUGCUGGAGUAUGCAGAGAACGGCACCCUGGCCGACUUUCAGAUUGAUUAUCCCGAUUUACCCUUCUCCCUGCGGAAGCAGCUGUGUCGAGACGUGGGUCAGGGCCUGCGGGCCCUGCAUGAUGCUGGCAUUGUGCAUGGCGAUCUCAAGUCGGAGAACGUCCUUGUAUGCGACAGUACCUGUGGACAAGGGGUCGUCGCAAAGCUGGCCGACUUUGGCUGUGCCGUGAUUGACCUGGGCCUUGCGGAUUCUGCGAGACUACCUGCGUACACCCAGCCCUGGAAUGCACCAGAGAGCCAUAACCGGCUGCCACGGGAUGCUCUCAAGCUAACCGAUGUUUACAGCUUCGGACUGCUUGUUUGGAGAGUUGUUCUAGACGGUAUCAACCCUUUUCGACAUAUCGGUUCGCUCGCUUCCCUUGAUCAGGACGACUUUCAACGCCAAGCGGAGAUACUCAAGAGGGAGGACCGUCUGCUUCCCAUGGCCAAGUCAACCCUCAGGAGCCCCUUCUGCAGCACCGACGAAUCCGACCUCAUCAUCAAGAUCCUGGAUUCAACUCUGCAACUGGAUGCUUCGAAGCGGCAGUUGGAUCGUGCUCUAGGGUUGCUGCUCGAACCAGGGUGUACUCUCCCUCUUCCGGCCACCCCUUUGAUGCCGAUUGAUUACAAUGUUAUAGACAUUGGGGUGCUCGAGGCCGAAGUCACCCCCCUGUGUCUUCAACUUUCCAUCAUCCGAGAACUGGAGGCCUUAUCGACCAAAUCAGAUAGCAUGGGCGCUCAUGCCUGCUCCAUGAUGUUUGAGAUCUAUGUUCACCGGUUGGAAUGGCCCGGCGCUGAAGAUGAGGCGGCCAAGUGGUACGUCAAAGCCAUCGAGAGAGAUUCCACUACCACUAUUGCGCGCCAUGUCUGCGGUGUGUUCGAAUUACUCAAUCGACCUGUCCCUCCUGGCAUUGAUUCCGUUUCCAUUCUCCAGACAUUUGCUCGGAAGGGCUGUUAUCAUUCGUUGAUGGAACUUCAGAAGCGCUCACUUUCCGACUACCAGGCAACGGCGCAGGAAUAUCGCGAGCAUGACGGGCUUCUGCACCAUGACGAGAAACACCACGUCAGCGGUAUGUCGUCGUUUGGCUGUUUUGGGGACUUCUUCGACGACAUGACGGCGAAGCAUGCGGGAAGUCCCUCGGAGCUGUUGAAGAUGACCGUCACGGAGAAUGAAGACCUCCUGCUUCACGUGGCUUCGCGGUACGGAUGCACCAGAGCAAUCGACCAGCUCGUCUCUUUGGGUGUUGCUGUCAACAGCGUCAAUCAUGACGGAGAAUCAGCCCUUCUUCAAGCUUGCAGAGCUGGCAGCCUGGCGGCCGCCGAGCUUCUGCUGAGGAAAGGCGCGGAUCCGUCCAUAGUGACGGAGACAGGAGAGACGCCGUUACACUGGACCUUUACAUUCGAUGAACAGGAGGUCGACAAAGCCACAGAGUUACUCCUCCAGAGCGGCGCACACCCAUGCCUCUAUUCUUCGGUGUCUCCAGGACUAUCCUCGACAGGUGCAUACUUGAGCUUGUUUGGUACACCGCUGCACUAUGCCAUACUAGCCCGCAACGAGGUUUCAGCUGAAGCCUUGCUUGCUGCGGGCGCUGAUCCCUUCUUUGACUAUUUAUCGGAGCGUGCGGAUGAGAUCUGCUCGUACACCCCGUUUCGACUGGCUAUCAAAGGGCUCCUGUCAAGCACCGUGCGGAGGAUCUUGGAAUCACCGGCAUUGGCGUCGGAUAUUGCCAAUUAUUUCAAGUCCAAGAACGAAAGCAUCUUGCAGUUUGCAGUCCGAGCAGCGAGUACAACCUCCUGCCGCAUUUCAUUAGGGGCAAAAUACGCAAGCGCCCUGAUUGAGAUGAUCGACAUGCUCCGAAAGUGGGACGCAGAUGAUAAGACUUUGACAUCUGGAAUGUCUCUUUUACAUACCUGUAUCAUACAUGGCGCACCGUCAGAGGUCGUUGAAUAUCUCUUGCAGACUGGUAGCAAGAAUCAUCUGGAAACCGUCUCCGUCGUCCAUGGACAUACGCCAUUGCAAGUCGCCAUGCAACUAAAUCGCAGAAAGACUUUUCUUCUCCUUGUCCAGUACGGCGCAGACAUCCACAGGCGUCUUCUCUUCCCCGAGGGCUUCUCCUACCUGCAACUAUGCACUCAAUUGGGAUCGAGGGCUAUCUUCUUCGCCAACGUGCUGAUCGCUCGCGGGGCGAAGCUAGCUCCUGGAGCAGGUUAUGACCCCGACGUACGGGAUGACACUGAGUCACUCAGCCAAUUCUCGCCCCAUUUUCUUGCCAUUUUAUUGGGAAGCUUUGAGCUGGCGACCUUUUUGAUCCGACAAAGUGGAUCGGGCCGCAUACUCCCCCCUGCUCGCGACUUUGACGCCUUCAUGAUGAUGUUCCGUGCCUUGCCUCGUCUCCCCGUCUCCCGUCUUCGCUAUCUACUGGAACCACCCGAAGGCAUCGAGCCGUUGCCGCUCGAUGGCUAUAUGUCGCUCCGGCGAAAUUGCUUCCACGCUCUCGCCGCUCACCCUGUUCUGGGGGACCUAGAGCCUCUCGUCAACUUUCGAUACCUCGUGGAGCAGAGCAGACGGCGGGGCCAACCCCAGCUUCUCAACCAGCUCGAUACUAUUGAAUUUACGCCACUUGUGUCCGCUAUCAUGAUGGGUCGGCUUGAUUUGAUCAGAGAGAUGCUCGCUGCGGGGGCGGAUCCAAAUCUCGGAGGCACCACAAGCGUCAACUAUGCGUAUCUCUAUCUGAAACGGUUGCAGAAAGCCCCUUCGCAAACUUUUGCGGCCCUUGGCGGCCACACGCUCUCGCGUAGAGAGGCACGAUGGCUACAGGAUGACUACAAAUCCAUCAUCGACUUGCUUAAACAACAUGGUGGGCGCGAAGAACGAGGACGUGACGGUAGGCUGAAGCUUCCCUACAUGUCCUUGACGAGGGGCUAUCUAGAACUUUGCAAGGAGAAACAAGUCAGUGGCUUCAAAAAGGGGUACAAGUACGGCCGAGAGUCCACCGCGGAACAUGGGUUUGGGAGUACAAUGCGCGAAAUCUGGGGGGCUCUCAAGACGAAGAGAAGUGAGGGUACCAAACCCCUGCAAGACAUGAAGCUUGACCCCUGGAAAGACUUGAAGAGCACCGUUGCGAACUCGCACAUGCGGUAUCACGACCAUCGUGCGAGGCAAAGUCGAUUUUCUUCGUCCAACACCGGGGCAUCAGGGCCGUCGGCGAGCGACAGCCCAGGAGGUCAACAAAAGGGCGCAUCUGUUGUGGUAAGUGCUUGGUUUAAUGUCCCCAUGAGAUAAUGCCCUUGGGAAGAUAAAAGUCUGAUACGGUAGCGGUAGGGCACUCUGGGCUCGCUACGAGAUUUUGCAAAGUGGUACUCCUCGCCGCCGGCCUAUGAGGUACCGGAUUUUAUACCACAGCAACCACAUACAAGCCAGCGUCACGGGACUCACUCCCAGCAAUCAGCUCCUUGUUCACCCAACCCCCCAGAGGCAGCUGGGUACCCGACGGCCCAUGCCGUGGGCGACUAUCGACCAUCGCCCGGCGGUUCGCUACCGGG